CAGGCUAACAGCUAACUCGUAACGCAGUAACAAAAACAGCUGUUUUUCGCCAAAAUUUUGUCUCUUAUUGCCGCGAAGCUCUGGAUUUGCAUCGUACUUUUGAGGAUGUCCGUUGUGAUAUUAAGUUUUGGACAGUAAAUUUGGAAUAAAAGGGAUCUGAUCUCAAAAGCUGAUUUUAUCUAAUCAACGAUGCCUUCGGAUGGUAUCCCGGCUGCGCGCCAGUAUGCCUCGACUUCGGACGCGUGCCGGCAGAAAUCCUUCGUGCGGCCCCGUUGUAAUACUAUGGGCUCUGUGCCCGGCAGUUCGGAUGUCUCCGCGUCAUCCGCCAUAUCGGACGCUUCCCCCGACUCCCGCUCCACCAUUAAACGGCGCUUCAGCAGUAUGGAUGAAGUCGCUAAGGCCAGCCGCCACAUCGAGCAGCUCCGGCUGAGCCAUGCCGACGAUGAGGAACCGGCCGAAGAACAGGAGAAAGAGGAUCCGCCCGUUGUGCCACAGGUUUCAUCGUUAAUCAAGGCGUAUCCAUCCAAAAUAGGCGGCUUAGAACUGGUGAUACUCCGUCAGCCGGAAGAUCACCAUCGAGCUCGCUAUCAGAAAGAGGGCAGUCGCGGCUGCAUCAAAGAUCGCACGGGGAACACCUGUCCGGCUGUCCAGCUAAAAGGUUAUUGCGGAACGUCGGCGGUGCUGCAGGCUUUCAUUGCCAUUGAAUUUGGUCGUAUACGGCCGCAUCAUCUGUAUCGCGCUUGCCGGGUUGGCGGCAAACACAGUACACCAUGCCGGGACCAGUCCAUGGAGAACACCCACGUACUGGAGAUGGACAUGCUCCCGGAAAACAAUUGGGUUGUCAAUGUGGAUUGUAUGGGCAUUUUAAAGCUGCGCAAUGCCGAUCUGGAUGAUGGCCAACAGAGUGAUAACCGGCGCAAGAAGCGAACGCCGCAAGUGCGGAUCGCCUUCCGCGCGGUUGUCCCAGGCGAGAGGGGUGCUGUGCGGACUCUGCAAGUUUCCUCCACUACGAUUUGCUGCACACCAUCUCCAGGAAUGCCGGAAAUUCACCGAACCUCGCACAGUAGUUGCCCCCCGUCGGGCGGGGAAGUGAUAAUACUCGGGCGCAAUUUCAUCAAAGACGAAACCCGAAUCUACAUGAAGGAAAUUAACGAAGCGGAAGAAGUGGUCUGGGAAGCCGAACUUCCGGUCGGGAAGAGGCAUUUUCAGGGAGUGCAUCUGACCGCCACUCUGCCGGCUUAUAAAGAUUUGAACAUUGCUGAACCGGUUAAUGUCAGUAUAACCGUCAGGAACAAGAACAAAACCAGCGAGCCGUAUCCGUUUCAAUACGUACCAGCCUUGACCACCAAUAGCGGCGAGGAUGACGGUUUCUUUUCGCAAGAUGCGUCAGGCAGUAGCAUGGAGCAGUCAGUAAACUCACCGAGUGCGUCCCCGGACGACGCUCCGGACCCGGUGACCUCGAUGCCGACUAGUCCGAUCAGUGAGGUGUGUCCUGACACUGCAUCCAGCACCGGCCCAGAUCAUACUAACACGGACCAGAAGACUGAUGACACUCUUGAUCCGCUCGUGCCCUGCACCAGCGUUGUUUCCAGCACGACGACAUUGUAUCAGUAUCUCAUUAAUCCGCCGGGCGCUUCUUUUCCCAUCAUUAUUACCAUUCCACAAGUGGCCACAGGGAACGAGCAACUAAACCCUGUCCCGGAGGUUGGGCUUAGUGGAGACACACAGAUCGUGCAGAGCGGGUAUAGUGGAAUGUGGAAUGAGAAUGAGGAAAUAUUGGGUGGUCCAUCGAGUUCGAAUGCCGAACAGCCAACCGAUGAACAGAUCUUCGACGACAUUCUCCGCGAUAUAAUGGCACAUCCUGAUUGUAUACGGGACAGUCCCGAUUUCUUCCGAUGAAGUGCUUCAUAUUGGGGACAACAUAUGCUGCAAUUUUGGAUUUUAACUGGCUACUAUUGUAAUAUGUAAUAAUCAUUGGUUUAAUUAUGGAUUUCGAUAAUGCUUGUGACAAAUGCUGUAUUGAAUAUUAUCCACAUGGCCGCCAAAUAGCACAAUUGAUCGGAUAUUUUUUGUGGUUUCUUUAGACUUAAAUAGAAUAAAGGGUUGUAGGACUAUUUGUCGAUUAUGCGGAGCGCGCAUAUCUUUUGAACGGAACCUAAUUUUUUUGUCGAUCUGAUA